GGCUGCAUCCUACGAUCACACCCAAUGUCCCCAUCGCACGUUUCUCGUGUGACCGGCGUAAAACAUUUCCCAUUUCUCAUGGGAUGUCAUCGGCCAGACUCUAUAUAAAGGUCUCCCAUCCUUGUAUCAUUGGUAAGCUAAGAAAUCAAAGCCAAAGUUUAUCUACUUAUCUUGUUGUAGUAUUUCAGUUCUUUAAUUUCCAGUAAAUUGUCUUGUUAUCAUACUACAAUUCAUCCUGGUCGUCUCCUCUAUCCUCGUCAAGAUCAGAUUUUUGUCCAUCUCUCCUCGUCAGAUCCAUCGGGAUCCUGACAGUCGUGUGUACAGGUGCCCCGCCAUGAAGUGCCCUUCCGAUUCCUCGGCUGGUCGUGAUCCCUGGGCUCCUCCUCCCGCUUCUGGCGGUGGCGGCUCCAGCGAGCCAGCCAAGAAGCGGCAGCGGACCUCGAGCUCGAGCCAGGCUGAGGCAUCCUCCUCGUCCUCACAGCCUCCGCCGCAGCAGCCGGGGGACGCGAGAGAGGUGCCGGAUCUGGGGGAGGACGUGAUGUUCGAGGUGCUGCGGCGGGUGGAGCCGCGGACGCUGGCUGCCGCGGCGUGCGUCAGCCAGGGCUGGCGGGUCCUCGCGCAGGACGAGAGGCUGUGGGAGGCGCCGUGCGUGAGGGAGUGGACCGGCCUCGGCUUCUCGGAACAGCUGCUCCGCGCCGUCGUGCUCCCGUUCGGCGGCUUCCGCCGCCUGCACGCCGUCUCCAUCCAGGCCCGACGGCGGUUCGGCGUUGGCUGCGGGAACUGGCACGGCGUGCGGACGCCGGAACGGGGGAGGAGGAGGGGGGUGCCGUGGACCGAGCACGAGCACAGGUUGUUCCUCUUAGGCCUGAAGAAGUACGGAAGAGGGGAUUGGAGGAACAUAUCACGCAACUUCGUGCAGACGAGGACGCCGACGCAGGUGGCCAGCCACGCCCAGAAGUACUUUAUCAGGCUCAGCUCAGGGGUGGCAAGGAGGUCGAGCAUCCACGACAUCACCACAGUUCACCUGACCGACGACCAGCCUCCCGCGCCGUCCCAGUGAUUGAUGAUCAACCAGUCCAGCGCACCGGCUCAGCGCGGCAACGGGGCAGCACGGCGGGGCGAGCACACCCUUCAGUUCGCCGAGCCGGUCGCUCGGGAUGCCGAACUAUGGCAGGGUUUGCAAGAUCAAGGCCUGCAGUGUGGUCCUCUACAUGAUCAGCUGGCCGCGAACCGGAGUACGCUGUAUUAGAAGAUGCAAGCGCAUCAGAUGUCUAGUGUAAUAUGGCCCUUGCUGUAGCUUCACUGCCUGUAUUAUUAUUCAAGUAAGUAAUUGAUUAUGGGGAUUUUUCAGAACAUAGCAGAGAGAGGAGGUAUGCUGGUGAUGCUUGGUAGUAGUGCAUAAGUGCUGGUGUUGAUACUGAGAAUGUCAGGGGAAAAGGAUGCAGAUUAUGAUCAUGCACAUUGUCAAGUGACUUGUUUUCAAUCUUCAUGGAUCCUGCUUUCUGGUCA